AUGCCGGCUGCGGGUGGAGAGAAACGUGGAGACUUUGGCGCGGGCUUUGCGGGCAGGUGCGGCGCGCCCGCAGCGGCGCCCACGUGGCCGGACCUGUGCGCGCCACCCGCGGUUCUCCCAGCCCCCAAACGCCGCCUUCUAAUGGAUUUCAGGAGCAGGUUCAUCCCAUUACAGUUCCUGGAGAAGAUUCAGCUCCUGGAGCGGGCUGCGAUCCCGACCCUCCGCGUUCCCUACUCUUCCGGAUCUCAGCUCGGGGGGAUCACCGCUGAACGAGGCGACCCGGGGCCGGGGGCGCUGCGGGAGCCUGGAGAUGCAGGGGAAAUAAUGAUGGAGAACAGAAGUCCUUUGCUGUCUGUUGAGGAAGAUGAGGGGACUGGGAAGGCCCAAGAUGCUUUCUGGCUUCAGUCCCUUAUUACUGAUGCGUUCCAUGGUAAAGGAUUUCAGAAAAUAAAAGACUAUCUUCAGAAAGAGGAUCAAUUUCCUCAAAAAUAUAAUCAUCUCCUCUUAAAUCAUCUCGACAGAUCACUAAAUAAGGAACUGGACAGAAAUGAAUUUCUUCAUGUUUCGCUGUUGCUAAAGUGUCUUCAGAGAUUCUUCAGAGAUGACCUCAGUGAAGACCAGUGUUUGCUAAUUCAGCAGGGACUGAUCCUGAAGAUGGCCUCCUGGCUUCAAAGAAUCACAGGAUUUCUGACCAUGGAAGACCUUGCUUCAAGCAUGUCACUGAUGAGUGUCACAGAGGACUUCUUGGACAGCCUGCUGAUUAUUUGCCAGAGUAGUAGUAAUGAAGGGAAAGCUCAGAUGUUGGAUUUCUUCAUAAGUGGCUUAGGAUUCUUGGUGGCAGAAAAGACCGUGAGUCAUUUGAUUCAGCAGCAGGCUCUGGGGACUCUGAACUGCAUAUUGGAUGCUACACCCCGGGAAGAGAGAAAAAAGCUGUCUUUGUCAGAAGGCGCGUGCUGUCUUAUGAUGGACUUUGCAAGGACAAUCCUGACUGUGGGUGAUUACAACCAGCAGGUGUCUCUUACUGAGGCAUUGUAUAGAAUGACCACCAAAGCAUCAAGGGAUGAUCUUGUUCACCAGUGGUUUGAGGAUGAGGUCCUGGCUGAAGCUUUCAAAGAAAUUAAGGGCCAGGAAUUUGAGACGGAUGUUCGACAGUUUCUGAAUCACUUAAACAACAAACUUGGUGACCAAAGAAGGGUCUAUUCAUUCCCGUGCAUUGCUGCUUUUGCGGAUGAGCAUGAGAUGAGAAAGCCAGCAGAUGAAAACUUAGAAAAAUUUUGGAUCGAUUUCAACCUAGGAAGUGAGAGUGUAACUUUUUAUAUACACAAUGCUGAGAGUCCUCUGUGGGACACAGUUAGACUUCAGAAGGAGGACAUGGUUAAUUUCAACAUCACAGAAACUGAGACGAUGAAGGUGCUCCUUGUGAACCUGAAGAAGCCACUUAUUAUCAACCAGAAAGAAGUGAUGAAAAUAGAAAUCCAUUUUGAUGUGCUCUUUGACAUAUCACAAGCAACCAUUCAAGCUAUAGGGGAAGACAGACAGGUAUUGCCUGAACAGAUGAAAAUCUCCUCAGAACUUUCCAGUACGCUCAAAAAAGAAGACAAUGAGAGGCCUAAUGGCGAUGAAGGAGAAACAGAGCAGGCAGAAGAAUCCACUGACCUGGUGGAGUUAGGUGGUGCUGAGGAGGACCGCUGCCUCUUAACAGUUCCCUGGAACCAGCAGCCUGAGACGACUCAUCCAAAAAAAGCAGCUGAUCGAUCACCCGAAAAAUCAAAACCAGAUACAGAACAAGUUAUUACAAAGCAGGUGAAUUCUUCAAAUGUACAAGAAGCAUCAGUUCAAAGUCAGGUUCCUGAAUUAGGUGACAACUCUAAGGAAGACUCUGCUUUUGAGGGUGACCGAAAACAAGAAAGAAGGAAGUCGUCUAAUUACAGGAAACAUCUCUUCUCUGAUGACAGUAAAGAUUCAAGUUCUAGUCCCAGUGAGAAAUCCUGGACCAGUAACAGCAAAAGGAAAUACCUAAAGCCAUACUCUAGGAGAAGAAAGUCAAGCGUCAACCAUAGCAUGAGAAUAUUGCCGCUUUCCCCCGUCAAUAGUGGCAGUGAUCUCAAGAAACACAGAGCUAACACUCUGACACCAGUAUGGAAAGGCCUCCCCAUGCAAAACAACACCACACCUCCCACGAUUUCUGGAACAAAACCCCAAGGUAGUUCCGCCUUCUUAACUCCUAAAGAUUCUGCACAGAAAGUAGAACUUCAAAGUACCUACCGAUUCAGCGAUGGCUCUUCCUUGGAACACUCAAAAGCUGAAGAAAAUGUGUCUCAGAUUGUGAACCAAGACUUAUUAGUGGAAAACACUGCUUUAAAACAUAAGCUGCAAAACUUGGAAGACAGAGACAUGCCAGAUGGGAGUUUGGCUAAGCCAAAGCAGUCAAGAUUGGAAGAAGAGGCUCCAGGAUCCCCCGAUUUGGAAGGCAUUUUUCCUUCGUCCUCAGAAGAAGAGCCAGAGGACUUGAAUGGUUCUGCUUUUGUAACAGCCCUGGAAAACUUCACUAGUGAAAUGAAAAAAAGACACGAGCUUAGGCACAGAAUGACUCCACCUUAUUCAGAAAAGACAAAGAAAGCACCCGAUUGCCUAAUUAAACUUUUAGACCAGAUAUUCCUGUGCAGACUGAACAAACUAGAGGCAUUUCACAGUUCUGUUCUUCAAGAGUUCAGAGAUUUGGAAAAGGAUAUUCAGGCUCUACAACUCCUCGAGAAGGAGGCGCUGGAGUUUUGGAGUAGACAGUCUGCGGAUCUGAAGUCAUUUUGUGACCAUCAAGCGCUAAGGUUCUUCUUUUUUUAA